GUCACGCGACAUUGUUGACCGCGAGUCAUGUGAUGGUGCCUUGCGCCGGCGGUGCUUGCCGGAGGAAGAGGAGAGCGACCAUCAUCCGCUGUCUUCUGGGUCUGCAGCUUUGCAAUUCACGGAGCCUCCGAGGACUCUGGAGGAGCUGUACUUCUGAGGGAGCUGCGAAAGUUCGAGUGCGUAGUGUGAGAGGCAGCCUAGGCUUCCUGGGGCGGCAGAGAAGGCCUUCAAAGACUCUGCUUCCUCCUUCGGAGGCCUGGCUUUGCCGCACUGAUUGACCCCGUGUUCUUUACCACUUCCUCUCAAUGUUCUCGUCAUAUAUCAGGAAAUAUGAUCAGCGCCCCUGAUGUGGUAGCCUUCACCAAAGAGGAUGAGUAUGAGGAAGAGCCUUACAAUGAACCAUCCCUGCCUGAGGAGUACUCCGUGCCACUCUUCCCUUUCACCAACCAGGGAACUAACCCGUGGUCUAAGCUGUCUGGAGCCAAGUUCUCAAGGGACUUCAUCCUUAUUUCUGAGUUCUCUGAGCAGGUGGGACCUCAACCCUUGCUGACCAUACCCAAUGACACCAAAGUUUUUGGCACUUUUGAUCUCAAUUACUUCUCUCUGCGGAUCAUGUCUGUGGAUUACCAGGCUUCCUUUGUGGGCCACCCUCCUGGUUCUGCGUACCCUAAGCUGAACUUUGUGGAGGACUCCAAAGUAGUUCUGGGAGACUCCAAGGAAGGAGCCUUUGCAUAUGUGCAUCACCUCACCCUGUAUGACCUAGAGGCCCGAGGUUUUGUGAGGCCCUUCUGCAUGGCUUAUAUCUCAGCAGACCAGCAUAAAAUCAUGCAGCAGUUCCAGGAGUUGUCAGGUGAAUUUUCCAAAGCCUCUGAGUGUUUGAAAUCGGGCAAUAGAAAGGCAUUUGCUGGGGAACUUGAAAAAAAGCUGAAAGACUUGGAUUACACCAGGACAGUCCUGCAUACAGAAACAGAGAUCCAGAAGAAAGCCAAUGACAAAGGUUUUUACUCAUCUCAGGCAAUUGAGAAGGCUAAUGAACUGGCCAGUGUGGAGAAAUCUAUCAUUGAACAUCAAGACCUGCUGAAGCAGAUCCGCUCAUACCCUCAUAGGAAGGUAAAGGGGUCUGAUUUGUGUCCUGGUGAGAUGGAGUACACCCAGGAUCAGGCUGACCAUGCAUCCACUACCUCUAACCCAGAUGAGUCUGCUGACUCAGACAUUUACACCUGCAGACCAGCAUAUACUCCAAAACUCAUCAAAGCAAAGUCCACCAAGUGUUUUGACAAGAAGUUGAAGACCUUGGAGGAGCUCUGUGAUACUGAGUAUUUCACCCAGACCCUGGCCCAGCUCAGCCACAUUGAGCACAUGUUCAGAGGAGACCUGUGCUACCUCCUAACUAGUCAAAUUGACCGAGCACUACUAAAACAACAACACAUAACAAACUUCCUCUUUGAAGACUUUGUGGAGGUUGAAGACAGGAUGGUGGAGAAACAAGAGAGUGUACCCUCUCAGCCCAGUCAAGACAGGUUACCUUCCAGGUCUCUGGAAGAAUGUCCGAUUCCUAAAGUGUUAAUCAGUGUUGGUUCCUACAAGUCCAGUGUGGAGUCUGUGUUGAUCAAGAUGGAUCAGGAACUUGGAGAUGAGCAGUACAAGGAAGUAGAGGUGACAGAGUCAAGUAGUUUUGAGCCCCAGGAAAACCUGGACUACCUGGAUAUGGACAUGAAAGGGAGCAUCAGCAGUGGUGAAAGCAUUGAAAUUCUGGGCACAGAGAAGUCCACUACUGUACUGUCAAAGUCCGACAGCCAGGCUAGCCUCACAGUGCCAUUGAGCCCCCAGGUUGUCCGAAGCAAAGCAGUCAGCCACAGGACCAUCAGUGAGGACAGUAUUGAAGUCCUGAGCACCUGUCCUUCUGAGACCCUCAUCCCUGAUGACUUUAAGGCCAGCUACCCAAGUGCCAUUAAUGAGGAAGAAUCCUAUGCAGAUAAUGAGGGGGCCAUACACUUCCAAGUAAGCCUCAGUCCACUGGAGCUGGGUGAAGCCCAUGAGGUUGGCUUGGAAAACACCCCACCCCAGAAAGACUCCUCCUGCUGUAUUGGGAAGGACAGCAGUGGUCAGCUGAUGCUCCUCCCUACUCCUGCCCACACUUUCUCUGAUGAGGACAGCGUGGUGAGCAUUCCCCCACAGCGCUACAAGCAGAAGGACCAGGGCUUCCAUGUGGACUUUGCAGUGGAAAACACCAAUCCUUCCCAAGACAACAGUUGUGAAGCAUUCCCAGCUUAUGAGUUGGACCCAAGGCAUCUGCUGGCUAGCCGGGAUGUCAGUAAGACUAGCCUGGAUAACUACUCGGACUCCACCAGCUAUGUGAGCAGUGUGGCCUCCACCAGCUCAGACAGGACCCCCUCCUCUGCUCACCCUGUCAGCCUGUCUUCUGAGAGGCAUAAAAAGAGGGCUGGCCAGAAUGCCUUAAAAUUCAUCCGCCAGUACCCCUUUGCCCACCCGGCCAUCUACUCCCUGCUCAGUGGGAGGACACUUGUAGUUCUAGGAGAAGAUGAGACUAUAGUCAGGAAGCUUGUGACAGCACUGUCCAUCUUUGUUCCCAACUAUGGCCGCUAUGCCAAGCCUGUGAAGCACUGGGUCUCUUCCCCUUUGCACAUUAUGGAUUUUCAGAAGUGGAAGCUUAUUGGCCUGCAGAGAGUGGCCUCCCCUGGCAGUGCAGGCACCCUUCAUGCCUUGAGUCGCUACAGCCGCUAUACAAGCAUCUUGGACCUGGACAACAAAACCCUGCGCUGUCCCCUCUACAGGGGAAUGCUGGUGCCCCGCCUGGCAGACCACCGCACUCAGAUCAAGCGGGGCAGCACCUAUUACCUGCAUGUGCAGAGCAUGCUCACCCAGCUCUGCUCCAAGGCCUUCCUCUACACCUUCUGCCACCACCUGCACCUGCCUGCCUAUGACAGGGAGACAGAGGAAGUGGUAGCUAGCCGCCAGCUGAGCUUCCUGAAGCUGAACCUGGGCCUAGUGAACGAGGACAUCAGGGUGGUCCAGUACCUGUCUGAGCUGCUGAAGCUACACUACAUGCAGGAAUCUCCUGGGACCAGCAGCCCCAUGCUCAGGUUUGACUAUGUACCCAGCUUUUUGUAUAAAAUUUGAGGUUGGUCCCAGCCAUUGUGACCAAGACCUGUGACUCAGGGUACAGAGAAGGGAGGAACUGUCAUGCCCAAAAGGUUGCCUGAGCUGGACUGUUGAAAUUUCUGGUCUCAUCACUGAGAAGGAAAUAGAGGUGAGAGCCCAGUUUUCUCAAGUGUCUGGAUGUACAGUAAGUUUUCUUUGACUCCCUGGAUAAGGGGUGUCUUUGGCUUUCUGAGGACCAGCAGCCCAACCAGGAAGAGAAAACCUCAGUCUAUGUGCUAGGAAGAGGUAAGGAGUGGAGCAGCCACAGCCUGGAUGGGAGAAGUAUACUGGCUACAUUCAGCAUCACUUGAAUGGCAAGAAUUAGCCAGGGAACCAGCCUUUUAACUGAAGAUUUGGAGAACAACAGGACGACAGAACAUCUAUUGCCUCAUUCAGACCCCCAUAUGGCCCCUUAUUUGGCCUCUUGGAACCCAUCAUCCCAGGGGAGGCUCCGGAAUAAGAAUGGAGAAAGACGGCUCUGGCCAGCUGAGAAGUGGGAAACACACUUCUAGGCUCCAGGGUUGCAGAGAACAUGAGCAGCCCGUUUGGUCUCACCUUCACAGGGAGGGAAGCAUCUGUAAGUGGCCCUUGGAGAAUAUUCCUUAUAGUCACUAGGCCCAGAUAUGAAACAGGUACCAGAUAGCCACAGCAAAUGUGAGGGACACCCUGGGAACUGCAAAUGGAGCCAACCAGGGGGCCACAAGGCUGUCUGCACUGUGCAAAUGAUGAACUGUCAGUUCUGAGGCUGCCAUGGGCUUUUUCUAGCCAGAGUGCAUGUCCAUUGUUUCCUGGGAAGGUCACAUGCCAGGACUCAGCAGAGGUCAUAACACCAGUUGCCACUCACAGCAAACCUUUGCAACCACUUCACUACCUCUCAUGGGGUCUUACGGGCUUGGUGACAGUGGCUUUGUGUUCAGCUGGCUGGUAUGGAUGGUCAGCGCAGCUGGUAGGAACGGAGAUGGCAGGGACUUUGUUGGCUAGCUCCCACAUGGCUCUUCUUGUGGAGCUGGCUUUGGGAGGCUGUGCUUACCUGUCCCCAGAGCUCACAACUGUCCCUAUGCAAGUCCCUUUUCAAACAUGGUAUUGUCCUUUGGCAUCUCCAUCACCUUUCCCAUUGCUGGUGAUCAGCAUGGCCUCCUUACAAGCUGUCACUGAUGUAUAGCCAGGGUUUCUAAUCUUAAAAAAAAAAUCUCAUACUUUUUUUUUAAUGCUAUGUUUUUCCCUAUAAGUAGGGACAAUGCUGGGUAUUAAUGCUGCUUUUUAAAUUUGUUACAUGAAAACUGGUAAACUAGACCUGAGUCAGUCCUAUGUGUGCACCUGUCAGGCUGUGUCCCUUGCACUUGGGUCCUGCUGUUGUGGCCUGGUCUUCUCAGCCUAUGCACAUCACUGAGGGAGCCAGCUUUGCUUUUCACUGAGGCUGCAGAGACUUGGUAGAAACCCAAGACAGCUUGUAUCACAUCACUUCUUCAGUCAUCUUCCUUGCCCAGGUCCUUGGCACAAAGGUAUGGCCUGUUGGCUUCAGCCAUUGGCUUCCCAUCAGGGACCUUGUUCCUAUCAGAGUAUGUGACAUUUAUUCUGAGGCUGUGACUGAGAAACUUUUGUGGCACAUUGUACUGCCUACAUCUUAUUAGUUCUUUGUAUCUCUGCCUGUUACACGUCAAAGGACACCUUGACAGAUUAUGACUGGAAUAUCCACUGUGUUUCUCUUUAUGGGCUUUUUAUCUGUUACCACUUCCCCACAGUAUUUUAAAUGCUGCUUUGCUGUCUAACUGGUUGGCUAUGUCCUGUCUUAUACCUGCAAAGAUAGACAUGACCAUGGAGUGAUCUUGAAGAAAGAUCUGUGAAGUCCAAGAGAUGGGCUGGAAGUGGUCACUGGCACCACUGUUGUUGCCUGUGUGUCACACCAUCGAAAUGUACUGUGCUUACCUGGAAAACUGACAGGUGGGAGAUGAGCUUUGUGCAGAUGUUAAACUGCAGCCCUACCUGUAGCUAUAGCCAUGCACUGCAGUGGUCUUAAGUGGAAGUCCAUGGGGGUGGUUUUGGGGUUGUGGGUGGUUGUGUUUCUCAGUUUUUAGACCCAGACUGGCUCAGAAGAUGAAGGCAGGUGACUUGUGAGGAGUGAACAGAAUAGAUGGCUCCAAGGAGUGUUUCCAGAAAUGGCAAAGUGGUUCUUCAUGAAGAUGCUUUUCCUGAUUAGGGGUUGAACUUACAAGAUUUAAAUUUUGGUUACAAAUCGUUUCUGUAUGGCAAUUUGAAGGGAUUAUUUAACACAAAGCAUGCUUCCUUUCAAGAGGGCCCUCAAUGGGGUUGGGACUGAGUCACACUUGGGCAGAGGCAGUUAAUACCGGAUGCUCUCCUCCCAGCUUCUUCAUUUUGGAAGAUUUGAAGCCUCUAGCUAGAAGUCUCACCUUGACAAUGUGAAGACCCAUGCAGUGGGACUAAUCUCUUCAAGAAUGUUAAUCUAUGGUAUUCUUCUAGUAAUGGGCUAAGAAGUUUUAAUCAACAUUUAAAGACAUUUCCUACAAAGGAGAUGACAUCCACAUUCCUUUUUACUUCUUUACUCCUAUCACUUUGGGGCCCACUACUGAAACUGGCAGAGCUUGGUUUCAACUUGACCUCCAACCUAUUCUCUCUUCCCUUAUUUCAUAACAGUCCAGUUGAAGAGCCAUCUGAUUAGGCUGGCAGUGACACUUGCAGAGGCUCCAUUUUAGAGAUCAGUCCAUGGCUUCCUUUAACAUAUGGGGCAGGUAGGGUAUGCUGGCCUGAGGUGCUGUUUCCUGUCUCAAUAUUUCCCUAGAACCCUUACUUCUUUGGUGGAAUCUUUGGAUUUUAGAAACUGUGACUCUUUCACAACGUAGAGUAAUGGCUGAAGUUAUACACAUCGCUUCUGGGUUUAGAAAUGGACUGUGAUGGUGAACCUGUCAUUCCCCAUCUUGCUUUUAACCUUUUUCAGAUCAGUUGCUAUAUUCAAAGUAUAGAAUACUUCAACCCCACACCAAUUCAAAAGUUCUACUUCAAAUUUCUGAGGUCAGUAGACUUCAUCCCAAGUACCAGAGCUGCUGUGGUGUACCAUAUGAUCUAGAGACAAAGUGCAGCCCUCCACUCCUUGGAUAUCUUGCACGUGCUCUGUCCAUUUGCCAGUGCUAAGUGCGUGCCCCAUGCCCAAACUCGAGUGCUGCAUGUGGGCCAGUGUCUUGUCCUGUUGUGUUACAGCUUUGCCUGCAGGGCCAGCAGCACCAUCUGAGCCAACAAGGAGAGGUGCUGGCAGGCAUACAAGGCCUCUGGAAGAACUAAGCUGUCAUGGCAGGCAAGUAGGCUUUUCCCAGGCUCCUUUACCUUCCACCUACCUAGAAAGCUCACAAGGAAAUGUCUUGGCUUAGGCUUUGAAGCAAACUAGCCAGCUUUUGGCUUUGGCCCAAAACUGUGAUCAAAAGAAACAGAAUUGGAAUUUUUAAGAGACAAAAGUAUUAAGAGUCUGCAAAAAGCUAAAAAGAUCAAAUUUGUACUUCUGGAUGGAAAAGGUUGGGCAAAGUAAGUUUUCCCCACCUCCCUCCCUCGAGCCCCUGGUCUAUUAAGUUUGGUGAAAGCUUUGGGAAAGAUGUGCCAGUAGAUGGAAGAGUGGGGAUAAGCUGAACAUGCUCCAUCUUGCUAACCUGCUGGUGUGUAACUCAACUUCCCAGGAAGGCCUGCUUAGCUUCCAACUGGAGAUCACACACCAGGGGUCUUGGAGUUAGCCCACUGUCUUCACCUAGAGUCAAGCCUCCAAAUUUAAGACAGCUGAGGCAGCAGAUCAGCUCCCAAAUCAGGGGCAGACAUGUAGGAACUGAAAUCACCCACAUCCAUUGGGGACCUGGUGCAGCUGUCUCCACACUGCAGUGAUGAAAUACCAAUUAGGUUGGACCCUAAGCCAUGGGGGUCCAUUACCUCCAAUGCAGGACCCCAGGGAGCCUCUGCCAGGCUGUCUGACAGUGGAUACUUGGAGCCACAGUUUGGACUGAGAUAAAUGCCACCCUAGAGGUUGCAGUGAGAAAAAGCAUAGUCUGUGCUGAACUCAUAGUUAUUUUCUAAAAAGCUAUUUUAUUAGUGCAUGUCUUGUGUCAGUGAAUGUCUGUCCUGACCUCAUGAGCUGAGUCAUUAAAGUGGCUAAAGCCAGAGUAUGACUGAUGUGUGUGAUAGUAUUUCACAGGUGUGAUUGCACAAGAGUUUAACUAGAGUAAAUGCCAAACAUAGUAUGAGGAGUAUACUUUUUAAGAAAUUUAUUUAUUUGAGUUUAGAUAUUUUUGAAAUAUAAAAAUUGGUUGUAUUUUUUAAAGCUAUGAUUCUUGUAGACAUUGUGGUUAAAAAUUUGUGCUUAUUAAAAAUGGUCAUGUAUGGUUUGCAUCUCAGCUAUGUGAAAAA